CGGGAGCAGUGACCCUACCCGGAAAGCAGGGAGGGAGGGAGAGCCGGAGGCGACCGCCCCAGUGGAGCGAGCAGGAGCGGAGCAGAGGAGGACGCUGCCACCCACAGCCCCAGGAACUCACUACAGGCUGGACCGCAGUCGGGGGGCGCCUGGGCAAGCUGUGCCCAGGUCCUGCUCCGGGGACGUGGGAGUCACUGAAGCAAGAAAAGAGCCAUGUUCCCAGGCUGCCCACCCGUCUGGGUCCUGGUGGUCCUAGGCACCAGCUGGGCAGGCGGGGGCAGCCCAGGGGCCGACGCAGCGCAGCUAAGGCAGUUCUACGUGGCUGCCCAGCACGUCAGCUGGAGCUACUACCACCCUGAGCCCGCAAACCUCAGUUUGAAUCCUUUUGCAACUUCCUUUAAGAAAAUUGUCUAUAGAGAAUAUGAUGCAUAUUUUAAGAAAGAAAAACCACGAUCUAGCAUUUCAGGACUUCUUGGGCCCACUUUAUAUGCUGAAGUUGGAGACACCAUGAAAAUUCACUUUAAGAAUAAGGCAGACAAGCCCGUAAGCAUCCAUCCUCAAGGAAUUAAGUACAGCAAAUUCUCAGAAGGUGCUUCUUACGCUGACCACACAUACCCCGUGGAGAGGAUGGAUGAUGCCAUAGCGCCAGGCCAGGAGUAUACCUAUGAGUGGAUCAUCAGUGAGGACAGCGGGCCCACCCCCGACGACCCUCCCUGCCUCACACACAUCUAUUACUCCCAUGAGAACCUGAUACAGGACUUCAACUCCGGGCUGAUUGGACCUCUGCUGAUCUGUAAAGAAGGCACCCUAAGUGAGGAUGGGACUCAGAAGAUGGUUGACAAGCAGCAUGUGCUGCUGUUUGCUGUGUUUGACGAAAGCAAGAGCUGGAGCCAGUCGUCGUCCCUAAUGUACACCGUCAAUGGCUAUGUGAAUGGGACCAUGCCAGAUAUAAUGCUUUGUGCCUAUGAUCAUGUCAGCUGGCAUCUGAUUGGAAUGAGCUCUGGGCCAGAAAUGUUCUCCAUUCAUUUCAAUGGCCAGGUCCUGGAGCAGAACCACCAUAAGGUCUCAGCCAUCACCCUCGUCAGUGCUACAUCCACCACUGCAAAUAUGACCGUGAGCACCGGGGGAAGGUGGACCGUAUCUUCUCUCACCCCCAAACAUUUGCAAGCUGGGAUGCAGGCUUACAUCAACAUUGAAAACUGCCCAAAGAAAACCAGAAAUCCCAAGAAAAUGACCGUUGAGCAAAGGCGGCACAUUAAGAGAUGGGAAUACUUCAUUGCUGCGGAAGAAGUCAUUUGGGACUAUGCACCUGUAAUACCAGCAAAUAUGGACAAAAAAUACAGGUCUCUGCACUUGGAUAACUUCUCAAACCAAAUUGGAAAACAUUACAAGAAAGUGGUUUACAAACAGUACCAAGAUGAGUCCUUCACCAAACGUGAAGAGAAUCUCAAUAUCAAAGAAGACGGGAUUUUGGGUCCUGUGAUCAGAGCGCAGGUCAGAGACACACUCAAAAUCACGUUCAAAAAUAUGGCUAGCCGUCCUUACAGCAUUUACCCUCAUGGAGUGACCUUCUCUCCUUAUGAAGAAGUAGUAGUCAACUCUUCCUCCAACUCAGGCAGUCACACCAUGAUCAGAGCAGUUCAACCAGGGGAAACCUACACGUACAAGUGGAACAUUCUAGAGUUUGAUGAACCCACAGAAAAUGAUGCCCAGUGCUUAACAAGGCCAUACUACAGUGACGUGGACAUCACGAGGGACAUUGCCUCCGGGCUAAUAGGACUACUUCUAAUUUGUAAGAGCAGAUCUCUGGACAAGCGAGGCAUACAGAGGGCAGCAGACAUGGAGCAGCAGGUGGUGUUCGCUGUGUUUGAUGAGAACAAGAGCUGGUACAUCGAAGACAACAUCAACAAGUUUUGUGAAAAUCCCGAGGAGGUGAAUCGUGACGACCCCAAGUUUUAUGAAUCAAACAUCAUGAGCAGUAAGUUGGAGCCCUGCUUUUGUCCAUACAUUUUUCACUCCUGUGGAAACUGCCCUUCCCGUGCAUCUCGGCUCACUCAUACUCAGCAGCACCUGCUGUCUCCAGAUGUGUAUCUGGAUCUACAAGUAUCUCCAGCGCUGAUCACAAUCAUUUCACUGGCAGCCGUGAACCUAGAAACAAACAUGGUUCGUUUUAAAAAUUUAGCAUCCAGGCCAUAUUCUCUUCAUGCCCACGGACUUUCCUAUGAAAAAUCAUCAGAGGGAAAGACGUAUGAAGAUGACUCUCCCGAAUGGUUCAAGGAAGAUAAUGCUGUCCCGCCCAACAGCAGUUACACCUACGUAUGGCAUGCGACGGGGCGAUCGGGGCCAGAAAGCCCUGGCUCUGCCUGUCGAGCUUGGGCCUACUACUCAUCUGUGAACCCGGAAAAGGAUAUCCACUCGGGCUUGAUAGGUCCCCUGCUGAUCUGCCGAAAAGGAACGCUUGAUAAGAGCAACAUGCCAGUGGACAUGAGAGAAUUUGUCUUACUUUUCAUGGUCUUUGAUGAAAAGAAGAGCUGGUACUAUGAAAAGGAGCCCAAAAGGCCUUGGAGACUCGCAUCCUCAGAAGUAAAAAACUCCCAUGAGUUUCAUGCCAUUAACGGGAUGAUCUACAACCUGCCUGGCCUGAGAAUGUAUGAGCAGGAGUGGGUGAGGUUCCACCUGCUGAAUGUGGGCGGCUCCCAAGACAUUCACGUGGUUCACUUUCAUGGGCAGACCUUGCUGGAAAACGGCAAUCAACAGCACCAGCUCGGGGUGUGGCCCCUUCUGCCUGGUGCAUUCAAAACUCUUGAAAUGAAAGCAUCAAAACCUGGCUGGUGGCUCCUAAAUACCGAGGUUGGAGAAAAUCAGAGAGCAGGGAUGCAAACGCCAUUUCUUGUCAUAGACAAAGAUUGUAAGAUGCCAAUGGGACUAAGCACUGGUCUCAUAUCUGAUACACAGAUCAAGGCUUCUGAGUAUCUGGGUCAUUGGGAGCCUAGAUUAGCAAGAUUAAACAACAUUGGAUCAUAUAAUGCUUGGAGUGUAGAAAAACAUGCAACAGAAUCUGACUCUACACCUUGGAUCCAGGUGGACAUGCAAAAGGAAGUCGUAAUCACAGGGAUCCAGACCCAAGGGGCCAAGCACUACCUGAAGUCUUGCUAUACCACACAGUUCUACGUAGCCUACAGUUCUGACCGCAUCAACUGGCAGACCUUCAAAGGGAACAGCACAAAGAAUGUGAUGUAUUUUGAUGGCAAUUCAGAUGCAUCUUCAAUAAAAACGAAUCAGUUUGACCCACCUAUUGUGGCUAGAUUUAUUAGGAUCUCUCCUACUAGAUCCUACAACAGACCUACCCUUCGAUUGGAACUGCAAGGUUGUGAGGUGAAUGGAUGCUCCACACCACUGGGUAUGGAAAGUGGAAAGAUAGAAAACAAGCAAAUCACAGCUUCAUCAUUUAAGAAAUCUUGGUGGGGAGAUUACUGGGAACCUUACCGUGCCCGUCUUAACGCCCAGGGACGUGUGAAUGCCUGGCAAGCCAAGGCAAACAACAACAAACAGUGGUUACAAAUUGAUCUGCUUAAAAUCAAGAAGAUAACGGCGAUUACAACUCAGGGCUGCACGUCUCUGUCCUCUGAAAUGUACGUGAAGAGCUACACCAUUUACUACAGCGAUCAGGGAGUGGAAUGGAAACCAUACAGGCAGAGAUCCUCCAUGGUGGACAAGCUUUUCGAAGGAAAUGUUAAUACCAAAGGGCACAUGAAGAAUAUUUUCAACCCCCCAAUCAUCUCCAGGUUUAUCCGCAUCAUUCCUAAAACAUGGAAUCAAAGUAUUGCCCUUCGCCUGGAGCUCUUCGGCUGUGAUAUUUACUAGAAUUGAAAAUUCAUAAACACAGGAAAGAAUCUUCAAGACCUCAAAGCAUUUAGAGUGGGCAAUGUAUUGGGGGGCUAUUUUAAAUGUUAAUUUUCUGUUUCUCUUUUUUUUCUAUUAGAGAAUAAAAUUUUAUAAGAAACUUUUAUAAUGUAACUCCUUGCCACCAUGAAGUGACAUGGUGGCUAUUGUUUGUGCAUUAAUUUAAAUAUAAGUGGGGAAAAUAACAAUAACCAACAAGAAAAUGGCUUGCCUUUCACAAUGAUUAAUAAUGCUAUAUAAGGGCAUAACAUGCCUCGUCAUAGCUUCUUUAAAUCCUGUUCACAUUAAUAAAAGAUAUACUUUUGAAAACCA